CUGCCCCCUGCCUCGUCCCAGGUGACAGAUGGGCCCUGCUUAGAGGGGAGCGCCAGCACCAUCCCUGCCGGAGACUCACUCGUGCGCCAUGCCAAGGGCCUGGGCCACGACACCUUCAAAAUUUGUAAAGAAUACCUAAGGCCACUGAAGAAGUUCUUGCGAAAGUUGCACCUGCCCAGGGACCUUCCUCAGAAGAAGAGGCUAAAAUACAUGAAGCAGAGCCUGAUGGUCCUAGGGGACCACAUCAACACCUUUCUGCAGCACUACUGCCGAGCCUGGGAAAUCAAGCACUGGAGAAAGAUGCUCUGGCGAUUUGUCUCGCUCUUCUCGGAGCUGGAGGCGAAGCAGCUUCGCAGGCUCUACAAGUACACCAAGAGUAACCAGACAGCCAAGUUCCUGGUGGCAUUCUGCCCCUCGGACGCACCGGAGAGCUCCUUGAUGGCUGGCCAGGAAGACAGUCUGCCCAAGCUCUGCAAUGCCUGGGGGCUGCACAGCAACAUCAGCAGCAUGAAGGAGAGGCUGUCCAAGAUGCAGGCCCCAGGCCAUGAGGCUGCCCCGCUGGGGGAGCCGGGAUCCCAGGUCCACGCAGGGAGAGGUUCUCUAAGUAAACUUCCUCAAAAACCAAAACUCAAGAGAAAGAGGAUUAAGGGAGCCCCAGAAAGUCUAGAGACCUACCCGUAAGAAGACCCAGCUGGGACAGAGAGCUGGCUGGCCUGGGUCCCAGAGCUCCUGUCUGUCUUCAACACCUCUGAACCUGGGGGGAUGGCGACCAAUGAGGGGAGAGAAGAAAGUUGUCUUUAUCAUAAAGGACACUCAGGUCUUAAUUAUGUAUAAAUGGGGUGCAAAAUAAACAACCUUAAGACAGUUCUACUUUA